AUGGUCGCUAAAAUUCUCACCAUCCUCUCAGCAUUUGCGGUCUGUGUAAUUCUUGCACCACUGCAGUCGACUUGUCAGGAUUUAGGAGGAAAAGCUUAUGCUAGCAUUGGAGCUGAGGAGAUACCAGCCGAGGCCUCCAGGCUUCUUGGCGCUGCGGCGGCACAAUCCUAG